ACUGAUUUGGUGCCGUCCUCCAUGAUGUCUCAACCAGAGGUGAUUGAGUCCACAGCCAUGAGCGAACCGCAGUGCUACUACAAUGAAACCAUUGCCUUCUUUUAUAACCGAAGUGGAAAAUAUCUAGCCACUGAGUGGAACACUGUCAGCAAGCUUGUAAUGGGACUGGGGAUUACCGUCUGCAUCUUCAUAAUGCUGGCCAACCUCUUGGUUAUGGUGGCUAUUUAUGUCAACCGCCGAUUCCACUUUCCUAUUUAUUACUUAAUGGCCAACUUAGCCGCUGCGGACUUUUUUGCAGGGCUGGCCUACUUUUACUUAAUGUUCAACACAGGACCCAACACUAGAAGAUUGACUGUAAGCACCUGGUUGCUUCGUCAGGGUCUCAUCGACACUAGCCUGACAGCCUCUGUAGCCAAUUUGUUGGCCAUCGCCAUCGAGCGGCACAUCACAGUUUUCCGAAUGCAGCUGCACACUCGGAUGAGCAACCGGCGAGUGGUGGUGGUGAUCGUUGUUAUCUGGACUAUGGCCAUCGUCAUGGGCGCCAUACCAAGCGUUGGAUGGAACUGUAUUUGUGAUAUCACUCACUGCUCCAACAUGGCACCGCUCUAUAGUGACUCCUAUCUGGUCUUCUGGGCUAUUUUCAACCUGGUCACUUUUGUGGUCAUGGUGGUCCUAUAUGCUCAUAUCUUUGGAUACGUUCGCCAAAGGACUAUGAGAAUGUCCAGACACAGUUCUGGACCCCGCAGGAAUCGGGACACCAUGAUGAGCCUCCUAAAGACUGUGGUCAUUGUGCUUGGUGCUUUCAUAAUCUGCUGGACCCCAGGAUUAGUCUUGCUGCUCCUAGACGUUUGCUGUCCGCAGUGCAACGUCCUGGCCUAUGAGAAAUUCUUCCUGCUCCUGGCAGAGUUCAACUCUGCCAUGAACCCCAUCAUCUACUCCUACCGGGACAAGGAGAUGAGUGCAACCUUCAAGCAGAUACUCUGCUGCCAGCGCAGCGAGAGCACCAAUGGCCCAACUGAAGGCUCAGACCGGUCAGCAUCCUCGCUCAACCACACCAUCUUGGCUGGUGUCCACAGCAACGACCACUCGGUGGUGUAG